UCUUCUCCUUGUCACAACACAGUCUGACUACAUGUAAAACACAAGAUGAAGAUCGGAGCUGUGUUUGCAGUUAUCACUAGUCAUAACUGUAAACGCCUGGGUCCUUUCUCUACAGGCAACAGGCAAAAGCACUCUCGGCUGUAAAAAAAAAAAAAAACACUCCACCCUCAGUGAAUUUAGCACAGUGAGCAAACUGGAAGUGUGGCUGAAGGCGUCAAGUGGUGAAUAAAUCAAAGCACUAAUUUCAGCUGUGUUUGGGCCAGCCGUAUGGCUGCAGUGACCUCACGGUGACCGUCGGGAGGGCUGCCAGACGCCCUAAAUCUCGCUCCUCUGGAGAGCCGAGACUGUCUUCCUCUUGCUAAGGCGAUCCAGUUUCUGGCCGAGGGACUCCCUUCCUCCUGCUAAGGCGAUCCAGGUUUGGCAGAGCUCAGCCCAGCUGGCGGCUCGGCGCUCUUCUCCAGGCCUCGGUCCAUGGCACCAGCGGACGCAUCGCCGCGAUAAUCCCUGUAAAACACGGCAACAAACAGGUGUUGCCAUCAGUUCCUGAGGUUUACCCGCUUCCGCACGCCAACUUCAACCCCCUCCCCGCCGGCCCUGGCCCGGUCCCGCUAAACACGAGGAGUUCCCCCCGCUCAGCCCCUGAGGGGAGCCGCGGGCAGCACCGCGGUGCCGAGCGGGCAGCGCCGGUGCCCGUGUGCGAGGAGCGCGGCGGGAGGGGGACACAAAAUGGCGCUGCCCCUCAGCCCCUCGCCCUCAGCCCGCGGCGGGGCCGAGUGGCGGCGGGCCGGCCCCGGGGUGGCGGCGGCUCCCGGCCGGCGGAACCGCCGCCUUCCUUCCCCCAGCAGGUGGCACCGGGGUCCCGGCGCCGGCGGCGAAGCCAUUGCGGGCCGCCCUUCGCCGCCGGGCCGCGGCCGCGCAGCCGGCGGGGGGGAAGGCGGCGGCAUCGCCCCCGCGGGGCUCCCCCCGCCGCACCCCGCUUUUCCUCAAAGUUCGGGGCGGGAGCGGGGGGGAGACCGGAGCCAACUUGUCCCGGAUCCCUUUAUUCGCCGCCGGAGCCGCCGUCUCUCCCAACCCCCGCGUGCAUUGCUGAUCGGAGGGACGGAGCUCGGUCCUGUGUCCGCCCCGCUCCUUCCUGCCCGCACCAUGGAGUUCGCCCAGAGGAAGAGGAGCAGGAAAUCCCAAAGCUUUAAACUGGUCAACGAAGUAUUGGACGGGAAUAUCUCCAUGAAACGCUGUGUGUGUCCUGCAUGCCAAGUUCAAGAUUACCAUCAUGAGAUAUAUAAGAUCUCUGACUACAGCAAUGAUGUUAAUGGGGAGACCAAAGAAACACAACCAGUUUUUUUAGGAGAUGAAAGCCGGGAAAUUAAAAAACAAAUUACAGGGAUGAGAAGAUUACUGAAUGACAGCACUGGAAGAAUCUAUCAACGAGUUGGCAAAGAAGGAGAAAAACUGAAGGAGGAGCCCCAAGAUUUAGACUUAGCCUGGGCCCAGCGCCUGAAUCCCCCUGCGGAGUCCCAGGCGAGCCUUCAUCCGUCCCAGAGCGGAGCAUGGAAUGAGUUAUCACCCCAGGCCAGCCAUUUUUCAGGGCAAUACGGAACUCGGUCCAAAACAUUCCAAAAUCAGGCUCGAACUGUGGCAUCCAAUGGAGAAAUUCCAAUGGUGAAUUCAUCAGUUGGACCAAACUGCUGUACGUGUAAUUGCCAGUCAACCCUGCAGGCAAUUCUUCAAGAGCUCAAGACCAUGAGAAAAUUGAUGCAGCUGCAAGCAGUUGGGACUCAAAACAGACAGCAGCCUCCUGUUCCUUUGAUUUGUGCACAGAAGUCAACAAUAUCAAGAAAGAGAAAUAAAAAGAGAAAACUGCCCCUCAAAGUUGUUGAAGCAGUUUCCACAAAUAAGAAACCCAGCUCUCCAGAGAACGAGAAGAGACUGACAGCAAACACAGAACAACCAAGUCUGCAAGCAAUUGAACCCCCCCUGAAGCCAGAGACCCCUGUUUCAGGGUUUGGAAUUAUCCUUGAAUCAACUUCAUCAGAUCCAGAAGUGCAACUUGCAGAAGGCUUUGAUGUCUUCAUGCCAAAAUCACAGCUGGACUCUAUACUAUCAAACUACACUCGCUCAGGAAGUCUGCUCUUUAGGAAGCUGGUCUGUGCAUUUUUUGAUGACAAGACUUUGGCUAAUUCUUUACCAAAUGGCAAAAGGAAAAGAGGGCUCAAUGACAACCGGAAAGGACUAGACCAAAAUAUUGUGGGUGCAAUAAAAGUCUUUACAGAAAAGUACUGCACUGCUAACCAUGUGGAUAAACUUCCUGGUCCUAGGGACUGGGUCCAGAUUCUUCAGGAUCAAAUUAAACUUGCAAGAAGGCGAUUAAAAAGAGGCUCAGCAGAGGCAACUGACUGUGAUGAGAAGCCGGACAUUUCUCUACUACAAACAGGUAACCUUUUCGACACCACAGACCAUCUGAUAGAUGCAAACCCAGAUUUUUCAGUUUGAAUUUCACAUCCUGCAUCAGUGUUCUUAGCCGAUAGAAACAUCCUCUCCUUUGAGUAAUGUUCCUGCAAGCUCAGCACGAGAACUUCAGUGUACUACAAGACGUGGGCAUCCAUACAGUUUUUCUUACAAGUCUAUGUUUUUUCCAUGUAACCUCAAGUAAUGAAACCACCAGAUUGCUUCAUUGUUCUUCAUCUUAAUUAAGAUGAUUUCCCUCCACAUCCCAUGCAUUACUGAACUAGCGGGGUACCCACUCUGAGGUCAUUCUCUUGCCUGUGUUUCUCCUCCAUGAUUGUACUUGUCCACAUGUUUGUAUGCUUGCCAGCAGUGUCUCAUCUUAAACCACAAGAAGUUGUGACUCUUAUUGCCCCCAGGGACCAGGGUGGCAUCUUUCUCCACCAUGAACCCUGGGGGCUCAAUGAGCAUCUGACUUGGUGAAGCUCUUUGCUUCUGCAGACCCACUUUUCCUUUCCUGGCUGCUGUGGUACCAAUGACCAGUCACACACAGCUCUGAUUAAAAAGUCCUUUCUGGGUUUAGGAGGGAAUAAAGCAGGAUUUCUCCCAGCAGUGCCCAGUUCCUAGUUAUAGCAAGGAGAAGCUAUUCCUCAAACAAUUUCUCCUACGUAGUCCUAGUGGGAUGGCUCCUGAACAUCUUUGUAGUGCAGAUUGCUGGAGGUGGUCAUUUCCCCCUCACUGUUGCCCCCAGCUUGCUCAAUCACCUCAAAUGUAUUAAUUUUCUGUUUUCUAAAAAGAGGGUCUCCUCACUGUGAUUUUUCAGCCACUGUCCUUGACAACAAUACCAGUCACCUUUCAACUGGUACUAUAUUGAUAUCUCAGCAGUUAAGACAAGUGAAUUGAUCAAGAAAUUGCACUACCUUCUUAGACACUGAAAUGAUCAGGUCAGGGCUAAGGUAAAACUGUGUGCAGCCCUCCCUGCAAACCUUCAUUUCUGCACCUUUCAUCAGCACUAAAUUCACUUUAAAAAUGUCACAAAGAAAUCUGGAAGGUCUUACCUGCAACACCUAUUGAUCACCAGGCAGUUUGAGCAUGUGUCCUGCAAUUGAGGGAGAGCUUGCUAGAGCCUUUGCCAUUGUGUUUCCAUUCCCAUGUGUAUCUUAUCUUAGGUACUUUUUUAUUUUUUGGAAACUACUUGGCCUUUGAGUGUCUCAACAGAAGUGCUAUUACAGAGUGGGAUGGUUUUCAAAACGCUCAACCUCUUUUUUUAACAAUCCUAAUGCCUGUUUCUCAGGUGUCACAGAAUACCCACAAGUAACACUGAAGCCAACAUGAACAGUUUGUUCUGUUGGCACCUGAGAAACCAGGCUCCCAGCUGUUCCCCGCCCGCCUUCCAUGGACUUUUAGGAAUGACCAUGUUCUCUCUGAAACUGUGGAAUAGAUUGAAUGUGCACUGCAAACCUUAAAUUUUGAGUCUUUCCUUCCUUCAUGGCUUGGAGUUGCCUGCAUUGGGCAGGGGGCACCAGUCCGUUGUGUUGUAACCCUUCAGCAAUGAAAUCAGCGUUUUGUAAAUUUGGAAGAUUGCAUUUGUGUUUACUUACUGUGACUACUGUUCAGACUUUCUUCAGAAAUCUUUUUAUAGGGUUUAUUAGAGAGAAGAAAAAAAAUCAUUCCAUAUUUAGGUAAAAAUGUCUCAAUCUUCUGUAUAUAUGUUUUAUUAAUAUGUAAAUAUUUAGAUAUUUUUAAAUUACUAUGUUCUUAAUAAAGCGACAAGGGACUAGUUGUGAAAUGGUGUAUAACAUUGUGUCGUGUUACCGAUCUCUGGGAAAUCCUCUUUGUCAGUUCAGAAAAGAAAACCUACAAUAAAUAACUUUAAUUGCA